UCAUAUUCUCGCUUCAUUACGCGUGGCAUCCACCCGCUCCAUCUCAGUGCUCUCAUCUAAGCAUUGAAGAAGGGGAAGAUAAAAGUUUCUGCCCUGCAUCUUCUCUGAGUACAACUUCGAUUUUCAGGCUGCAAUAGUAUCACCAUCAAAUGAGAAGAAGGUGUGCCGCUACUUAUUGCACUUGCACGAACUGAGGUUCAGUUGUAACAUAUUCAGCUAGGUGCAGUGCAAUAGUUUGCUCUUAUGAAAUCUAUUAAGCCAGAUUGGUUUCCUGCCCCCAAAAAAAUGUAUCCAAAUUGUUGGGCCCGUGCGCAGCACGGGCAAUGAAUCAUCUAGUCAUACUUAAUAAGUAUGGGUUUCUUCAGAUGACCAAAAGGGUAAAUCGCUGCACAAUGAUUUGCUCCUCCAAACAAAAAGGGUAACAUCUGCUGAAAUAGGACUCUGCUUGCUGGAUGUGUUUGCAACAACGCGAGUUGCUAAUUGUUGGAAAUUUUGAGGGGAAAAAACUACAACUGCUAUUCUAAAAUCUAAUUUUAUACUCUGAAAAAGUUUCAUUUUGUGGACAAAUCCAAAAGAAAACGAUUUUCCAUCCGAAAGACGAAGGGUUCUCUGCAAAUUUAGCAGACCACCAAAGCUCUAACUUGAGUAGCUAUGAUACUGCUUCGUGGUUCUAACUAAAGUAUUAUUGAUUCACAAGAACUUUGAAAAGGUACAAAGGCAACCUAAGAUUUUUCUGCAACUAUUCGUCUAUGGCGGACUUGAGCAUUGCUUUUUUCUCUCUCCUCCUCCUUUUCUUCUCUCUAUCCCUCCUUGUUUUCCUCGCCUUCAUCGUCCGACCACGCCCCGUCAAAGUUCCAAUUAAAAAUCGCCAUGUCUUCAUCACUGGCGGCUCAAGCGGUAUUGGCUUAGCUCUAGCUCAACAGGCUGCUUCAGAAGGUGCAAAAGUUUCAAUACUUGCUCGUAACAUUGGUAGACUCGAAGAUGCGAAGGAGUCAAUUCGGCUUUCUACUGGCCGUGACGUGGCCAUUUUCAGCGCUGAUGUGAGAGACUAUGAGGCUGUCAAGAAGGCUGUAGAAGAGGCAGGACCAAUCGAUGUGUUGGUGUGCAAUCAGGGAGUUUUUGUCCCUCAGGAAUUGGAGACCCAAGAUAUUGAGGAGAUCAAGUUCAUGAUUGAUGUCAAUUUGACUGGGACUUUUCACCUGAUUAAAGCUGCUUUGCCUGGAAUGAAGAAUAGGGCUGAUCGUGGACCUGGGUCCAUCGCUAUCAUGUCUUCACAAGCUGGCCAGGUUGGGAUAUAUGGUUAUACAGCUUAUUCAGCCAGUAAGUUCGGCCUCAAAGGACUGGCAGAAGCACUGCAGCAGGAAGUAAUUGGUGAAAAUAUUCACGUAUCACUAAUAUUUCCCCCGGACACUGAAACUCCUGGAUUUGCUGAAGAGAACAAGAGGAGGCCACAGUUGACUAGUAUACUAGCAGCUUCUUCUGGUUCCAUGAAAGCUGAUGAAGUUGCAAAGAAAGCUUUGAAUGGCCUUAAAUCAGGAAACUUCAUUGUCCCCUGCAACUUUGAGGGAUUCUUUCUUUCCAUCGCAACUGCUGGUCUAUCUCCUCAGAGAUCAUUCCUGAUGGCAUUUAUCGAAGUGAUAGCUGCUGGAAUAUUACGUGUUGUUGGUCUAUGUUUCCAGUGGAAUUGGUAUGGUAGCAUUGACAAAUUCCUUGAAGAAAGGAAAUAGAGAGUAACUACUAAACAGAUUCUAACAUAAUUUCAUCAAGAAUUGAUGUUUGAUCGAACAAAUGGAUUUCGACGUGAAAUCGAACUUUUUUCAUGAUGUCUUAUGUACCCCUAGGCUGUCCACUUUUCAUCUACUUCUUUGCAAGUGAACUAAAAAAAACUAUGUAGUUUUGGUUCCUCUUUGAUUUUAUACAUUACCAAGAGUUUGUGGAUA